AUGGCUUUCGGACACAAAAUAUUUUUGGACCCAUUUGGUGUUUCAGUAGAUGGAAAGAAGUACAGAGGAAUGAUUGGAUCCCUAAUCUAUCUCAUAGCAAUUCGUCCGGACAUCAUGUUUGCUACUUGUCUUUAUGCCAGAUUUCAAGUUAAUCCAAAGAUGUCACAUCUUUUGGUCGUGAAACAAAUUUUCCAGUAUCUCAAAGGGACAAAGUGUCUCGGAAUCGGGUAUCUAGCAAAUGAGAGUUUUCUCCUUCAAGCUUACCCAGAUUUGAACUAUGGUGGUCUUCAAUUGGAUCGAAAAAGCACAUCUAGUGGCUGUCAAUUGAUAGUUGGUCGAUUGGUUAGCUGGUCAUCCAAGAAACAAAACCGCAUUCCACUCUUAACAGCUGAAGUGGAAUACAUUGCUACUGCCAACUGUACAUCUCAACUCCUUUGGAUGAAAUCUCAACUCUUAGACUAUGGUUACUGUUUUCAACUAAAUUCCUAUCUAUUGUCACAUUGGUAA